UGCUCAGCCCACUUCCGGCCUAGGUGAACAGAACCCCAGGCUGGAAGCGGGCUGAGCAGGCUGGCGGUGUAAGAUCAGCAUUUUAAUUUAAUUUUAAAUGAAGCUUCUUAAACAUUCUGAAAACCUUGUUUACUUUACAUACAACAAUAGUUUAGUUAUAUAAUAUAGACUUAUAGAGAGAGACCUUCUAAAAAACGUUAAAAUGUAUUACCAGCAUGCAAAACCUUAAAUUAAAGUGAAUAAAUGAAGACUCGGCACACCACUUCUGAAAGGUUGCCUACCCCUGGGCUAAACAGUUGUCUCGCUUUUUUUAUUUGGCUUGGCAUACUCAAAUUGGAGUGGUGGGAGUGUGCCUCAAGACAUGUGCGGACAGGCCCUUCUGGGUUUAGCACUGGCCUCCCAGAGUGAAGCCACGAGAGGUGAAUCAACCCCACCCUUCAUGGUUCUCUCAUUCCACACAUUCCAGUCCUGAAUUGCAAGUAGCUGUGCAAGGUGCUCACUACACUCUGUGACUGCUCCAAACCGCCUUCUUGUGCAACUUCCUGUAUCAAGUUCUGAGUAUAUAUCUUUGCUGAAUCAAAGGUGGAGUUAGCUCAUAAGGUUCUUUCAGAUGGCUAUUGUUGAAUUCUGUGCUGCAGGAACAAGUGUCAUAGCAAUUGACUGCUCUCAGCCAUCAGGCCUACAAUAGGCAAGGAAGGGUUCAUAAUAUAAAUUCUGAACUAGUCACUAAGUUAAUAACUGCUCCCAAAGUCCUCUCCUUUCCCUUCAGGAUGUCAGUAUGUGAGCAAUUUGGGCACAGUAAAAACUGAGAGCAAGUCUUGUGUCACCCAGACUGAGAAUUUAACAGAACAAGGAUGUGACAAGAGGCAUUAUCAGGAGCAGUUAUUAAUAUUGUAAUAAACCUGGAGCUACCUAGGAACAGCAGUUGUCACUGUGCUGCACAUCAAUCACUGAAACCUUCACAGUGGUAGUAGGAACAGAACUCAGUGCCUUCCCUUGCAAAAACACGGGUUUCUAACUUCUGAAGUUAAGGAGAAACACUGUUAGCUAUUAGCACAGUAGAACCUGUGAUAAUCAGUUGGAAGACUUCUGCGGUGAUGACGAUGCAGUAGUGACAGUGCACACACACCUAGUUCAUGACACACUAGUUAUACAGAUUUGCCAAGUUUUAAUUUAUUUUGAAUAUUUGUAUUUUUGUUAACUAAAUUUUUCUUAAUGCGAUGUGCAAUAUGAAAACAGUAUUAAAAUAUUAUUUAAAUAGUCUGUAAAAAUCUAAGCUGGCCUGGUACUGAUUUUCUCCCAGAUUCUGCAGCUCAAACUCCAUUAUUUUUCUGUAAGAAUGGCUGUCAUUUCAAUAGAACUGUGCUGAUUUACACCAGCUGAGGAUCUCGCCCUCUAAAGUAACCAUCCUGCUGACUUUUUUUUUUUUUUUUUUUUUUUUUAAACAGUGCCCUUCUCUUGCAUCUUUGCUGAUAAGUGAGCCUGGCAUGUUGGCUUCAUGACAGUAAAGCAAGUUGAUUAGCAAGGUUCUCACUGUACCUGGGUAUGUGCUGGACAGAUUAUUUAAACAAAUCUGUCUGAGCUUCCUCUUAUCAACCUAUGCCUUCUUUUUUUAAAGUAAAUUUAUCUAAAAAAACCCCAACUAAAUUAUUUAAAAAUAGAUUAAAUGGCAUUAAAACUAUUGUACAGAGAGUUCCCACUAUGAAUCUUUUGCUGUCUUGUUUUUGUUUUGGUCUUUGAUCACUCGGUGUUUAAGAAAUGGGAACAAAGCCAACCUUGAAAGUUUGAGAACUAGAAACUGCAGCCCUUAAAGUUUUGAACGAAGAAGCCCCUGGACAAAAACUGUCAAUGGGUUCUUCUGAUGACAACGCCUUCGUUUCGGAGAGGAAAGGGGAAGGGAUGGGGAGGGGCUGUUCCUUCUCUCCUCUCUCCCACUCCAGUGCCCUAGUUUUGGGCAGGCAAACCGCGGGGCUUGUGACUACACCUCCAGGCCUGAUCCCGCUUUCCUCUGGCCAAAACCAUUGGCAUUUCCUCUGAGCUCACACAAUAAAUGACGCGGCCCCUUUUCCCCUCGGAAGAGGAAGCUUCGGAGCUAAGUAACGGUUGGGGGAGACGGGCUGGACUAAGGAAGCACAACAGCAGGGGCGAAGGGGCGGUGAGUGCGUGUCCCGGGACAGGAGGCCGAAGCAGGCAGGGGGACGGAGGCUGGGUGCGUGUCCCGGGACGGAAGGCAGGCGGGGGAAGGCGGCUGUCUGGGCGUACCCCAGGGGCUGGAGCAGGACCCGGAGGCGGCGGCUGUCUGGGCGCACCCCAGGGGCUGGAGCAGGACGAGGAGGAGGCGGCUGUCUGGGCGCACCCCAGGGGCUGGAGCAGGACCCGGAGGCGGCAGCUGGCUGGGCGCACCCCAGGGGCUGGAGCAGGACGAGGAGGAGGCUGGCUGGCUGUCUCGGGACUGGAACUGGGAGUGGGGGAAGAGCACUCGGUGGGAGGAGCUGGCACGCCGGGAGCGGCAGGGGUAGUGGGUCUAGGGCAGCCGGCAGGGGGGUGCCUGUCCCGACUCCCGGAGCUGGGGGAGGCUGGUGAGUGGGGUGGCGGGCGCCCCCUGCAUGCAGAGGCCGGGGGGCGCUGCCGCAGCCGGUAUCAUGGGCUGAGCUCCCGCCGCACCAUGACCGUCUACACCCUGAACCUGCGCGUCUUCUGGCCGCUGGUGACUUGCCUGUGCACGGCCCUCGUGUGCCUCUACCAGGCCGUGCGAAGCAGGGCGGGCGCCCCGGACUCGGACAGCGCCCCGGACUCGGGCUCCGUCCCGCUGCUCAAGGGCUCCGCGCUGCUGCUGCUGGGCUUCCUGCUGCUCCGCUACUGCGCCUCCCGCAGCGGCGGCGGGGAGUGCGGCCAACGGCCCCGAGCCGCAUGCUGCCCCGAGGCGCCGCCGAGCAGCGCCGCCCGCCGGAGCCUGCUAGAGAGCUUCUACGAGCAGCAGCUGCGCCUCUCCCCGCACGUGCUGGGCCACAGUAAGGCGCACGUGAGCCGCAUCGUGGGCGAGUUGGUGCGGGCUGCCAAGGCGCAGGGGCUGCAGCCGGGGUCCCUGACCCCCACCCUGCGCGGGGACUUCGUGCAGAUCGGCAGCGCCUACGAGCAGCACAAGGUCCGCAGCCCGGACUGCUUCGACAUCCUGGUGCCGCUGAGGCUGCCGCCGCGCCUGGAGCUGGAGCCCCGCUGCCUGGGCGCCGAGGAGCCGGGGCUGGCCCCGGAGCUGCGCAGCGCCUUCACCUGCGCCCUGAAGGUCCCGCAAGGGGCCGCCUGGCCCCGGGGCUACCGGCCCUUCAGCGAGGGCUUCUGCGUGGAGCUGCAGGGCAGGCGCUACCUGUCCUCGGCCCUGGUGCUGCGCUGGUUCCAGGGCCACCUGCAGCGGUGCCUGGGCGCCGUGCUCUACCGGCUGCAGGAGCGCUGCCGCAUCAGCCUGGCCGCCUGCCCGGGCCGCCAGCUCACCCUGCACAUCCUGCCGCGCUCCGACUACGUCUGCUGCCACAUCUCCAUGGCCGUGCGCCUCAUCCCCGCCAUCCCCCUGGGGGACUCGGUCUAUCUCAUCGCCCUGCAGCCCGGCGCCAGGAAAGCCCAGCCCGGCACUGCCUGCCCCCUGCAGGCCCUCUGGGGGCUCAACGUCUCCAAGCAGGAGCAGCGGCUGCUGAGCUGGCUCAAGGAGCAGACCCCGGCCAACUCCUGCCACCUCAAGUGCCUGCAGCUUCUCAAGGGGCUGCGGGAUCUGCGCGGCCGGGGCUUGGAGCAGCCCUUCGGCGCCCAGUGGAGCCGCGUCCUCUCCUCCUACAUCCUCAAGACGGCGCUCUUCUCCUUGUUGCUCCGGGGGCCCUGGCAAGCCUGGGAGGAGCAGUUCCUGGCGGAGCGGGUGGAGGACCUGGUGCUGUACCUCAGGGACUGCCUGCAGAAGCGGGUGCUGAUGCAUUUCUUCUUGGGCAACGCCAACGUCCCCGAGGCGGUGCCGGUGCCUAAGCUCCUGAAGGAAGCUGCCCCCGUCAAUCUGCUGGCUGCCUUUGACGCCCCUACUCUAGAUUUGGCCGCCUUCCAGCUUCUGAACACCUGGAACCAGGCUCCUAAGAUCAUCCGAAUGUACAGUAGUCCAAGGUACUUGAGGAAGAGCCCCACGUUGUGUAAGCACAUCACCGACACCGGACAAGAGUCCCAAAGCAACUGAGCAUCACCUGGGGCGUUUGUCAGUGCCUUUGGGGCAUGCACUGUGAGGCCAAAGUACAUACCUGUGUUAGCUAGUAAACUACCUGAGGUUCCUAAGGGAGAUCUACCUGCCUGACAGCAUCAGAUGGGGUUCUGUGUUUGUUUCCCUAGUCGUGGUAAUCUGGGAAAUCCAAAGGUCAAAAUUUAAGACUAAGAAAUACUGAUGCUUUAAGAUCUUGAUAGCUUUGUAAUGAUGAUUAGUCAUGGAGAAACUAUGAAACUUCCAGGAAAGUGCCUUAAUUAGAAAGCACUACAAUAACCACUUGUAAAUCUAAUUUAGUACCAGAUUUAUAGAGGGGUUCACACUGAUGAAUUUGGAAUGUCAUCUUAAAGUUUAGUCACAAAAGUGACCCUGUCCAGAGCUUUCUUUUAAUGCAAAAGAUAAUCAGGAUCAAAGAUUAAUGGCAUGGAAAAAAGUCAGUGUGACAAGGUACUUUUUUGAGAUGGAGGAGGAGCCAAGGGUGUUUCUUGAUCCUUAAACACAGUUUGAAAUAUUUAUUCAAUGAGACACUCAUCAGUGGUUGUCUGUGAUUUAAUAUACUGUGCUAAAUAAUAUGCAAAUUAAUAUAAAAUUAAAUUAUGAGGCGUGACAUUAAAACCUAUUUGACAAAAGUAUGAAGAAUCUAGUUGUACAUUUGUGUUAAAAUGAAGGUCGCUCUGAAAGAUUAAAAUAUAAUUAUACAGCUCACAAAUGAAAGAAGAACAAUAGCACUUUAUUUCCAUAAAGGCCUUCAUUUUAUGGUAAUUGGCUGCACUAAAUAUUUAGUUUUAACAUAGAGGCAUUAAUAUUUUUUUUAAUUAAAAAUGGAUGGAUGUGUAAAUCCUCUAAGCAUUCUGUCUUGGUUGUUAGACCUGAAGCAUUUUUCUUCCUUCAAAGUUGCUGUACCUUAAUAACUACCAAACCUCCCCCACACCUUAUUUGGUAUACUGUGAAAUUUAAAGUAACUCCAAAAAUGUAGAGGUGUAAACUCGCUGCUGCACCCAUGUGUUUUUCACUGAUCGCUGAUCUUCUAAAGGACCUUACUGACCUAACCAAACUCUUGAACUUGUGGCAGCACUAUGGUCUGCAGCAGAUCAGGAGAUACCAGAAGCGAGAGAUGGUAGUUGUAGUGCAGCAAAUAUUUUUUUGUAAAAAUAAUAUUUCAGGGUGCCUUAAAGUUCCCAAAACUUGGGACAAAUUCAUGGUACAGUAAGUACUUAUUAACUUUGAUGGUGUCCCUUUAACGUAAACACCAGCCAGAUAAUUUCCAUGUGUAGAUAGAUUAUUUGAGAAUACCUCAUACAACUUCUCAAUUGAUCUGUAAUGAGCGCUUACUGUCUUUGGAUAGUAUACAUUAAUAGUUUAGUUUUGGAUUUUAGCUGAGAAAAUACAUUUGACCUUAUGGGCCAUUGCUGCAUUAAACUAUAGUAUGUAGAAAAGGAUUAGAAAGCUUCUAUUUCAUAUGCUCUUUAAAAGUGUGCUUCAUUUCUGAUAUAAAUAGUUAAAAACUAUUGAACCAAAUGCAUCACAGUUUGUCAGCAAAAGUACACAUUCUAAGCAAUCCAAACUCUAAUGUAAUACAAAAUACAUUUCCACAGAUUCUGAGACCGCAUCCUUGAAAAUUAAAAGUAUUAAGGCACCAAGCCUGUAAUUAAGUUUUUCAUGUGCGUAAGGUUAAACAUGUGCCUGAUUGUUUGCAGGAUUGGGUCCUAUGUGGACAGUCUGCUGUGCUUAAUUUUAAAUCGGUAAAUGAAUUGGGAACAGCUGGGAAUGUUUGGAAUAAUUUUAAAACUGUUAAAAUUUCAGAAUAUUGUUCUGUAUAUAUUAUGCUGGUGUUCUCUAUCUGUAAGUCAUACAUGAUAGAAAAUAGCAAACUUUUAAAAACAACCACAAAGCUUCAUAAAACCUAGUUUACUAAACUGAAAAUUUCUUCAGUUUUAGAUGCAUGUUUCCUUGUAUAUGGUUUUUAAACUGUCUUUGCUGUCUUAUUUUCAGGUAAUUUAGCACCUAAGUGUCACUUUCUCAAGUUGGGUUAUUUUUACAUGGAGCGUUGGUUCUCUCUUUGGGCAAAUACAAAUGGCUUGUUUAUGUGUAGUGUUGACCACUGUGCUCAUCAUGCGGACCGAAGUGACCUACCUUGGUACAUUUUUAGUAGGCCAAAUGUUUACUGUUUUGCAGACUUGUAUAGGGUUGCCAAGCCUCCAGGUUUGUCCUGGAGUGCCCAGCAUUUAAAGAUUGUCAUGUGAUGAAAUCUCUAGGAAUACGUCCAACCAAAAUUGACAGCCCUAGGUACACAUACAAGGAGUGCUAUUCUGCAGUCCUGGAGUCAAUAGUUUUGCCUGAGAAAGGGCUAGAGAAUCAGGUCCAAAGUAUUGUGGUUGCCUGGAGCACUUAAUACACAUUUAGUUCAACAGUUAAUUCUGGCAACAUGGUUACCUUAGUGAACUAUCUGUUUGUUUACAUUAGUGUGUAACUUUUUUUUUUCCAAGGGGGGCUAUGUAAAUUUUGGUGUGUGUUCCUUACUGGCUUAUAUAAUACAUGGAAACCUAUUAGAUUUAAUACAACUUUCUUAUUGCUGUUAAGCGCUGAUACUACAAAGGGAAAGUUACAUCAAGAAAUGCAUAAUAAGAAGGGAGUUUGGGGAAUAUAAAUAGUUUGAAAGUGAAACUCGAAAGUUGGGGGGAAAGGACAAAUAAGGAGGAGCAGAAACACUUGGUGAAAGAGCAGUGCAGGUAAUCCAAAGGACACAGAGACAAAUGGAGGAACCCUGUAGAAGAGUCAUGGAAGAUUUGAAUUGAGGUGGGGUGGGGGGUUGUGAUUUAACCAUGUUAAACCAUGCUUCCAAAAUGUAUAUAAAACAAGGCUACAGUUGUGGCGGGGCUCCAUACCCAUGUUCCCGUCAACUGCAAAACUCCCAUUGAUUUAGGCUUACUAACAACUUCAAAUCAAGCUGAUCUUUAAUGGGAGCUUUUGCUACAUAAGGUGUAUGUGAGAUUAUGUUCUUGGUGAUAUGAGCAAACCAAGGCCCUGAUCCUGCAAAUACUUAUGCACCUGCUUUAACUUCAGUCACAUGAGUAGUCCUAUUUGAAGUCAAUGAGGCUAUUUACAUGAGUAAAAUUAAAUUUGCACUCAGAUGAUGCAGGAUCAGAGACUGAAAUUCUCUAUUGAAGAGCAAUUCUGGUCUGUACAUUUGGGGUAUUGGUUGGUAUUUCCUGUGUCUAUAAUGCCUACGUUCAUCGAUAUACUUAUUAUGUUUGACUAAAGUGACUUGAAAAUUGGGUCUGUUAGACUAUUAAUGUCGUUCUAUGCCAAAUGAAAUGUGGUGGUGCGAAUACUAGUUUCUGGUGCUAUCUUUAGGAUCUUAUCCUGCAAACAUGCACAUGCAGAAUUUGACCCAUGUGAGUAACCCAUUGACACUCUCUCCCCUCAUGGGAGUGCUCACAUGAGUAAUGUUCCACGUAUGUAUUUGCAGGAUUGGGGCCUUACUUGUUACAAUGUAACGUAGACUGAGCAUGAUAGUUUGUGUAUUUAAAUUAAAAAUGAAAUAUAGAAAGAAACACGUGUUUCUUAGACACUACUGUGUAUUUUAACUACAUAACAAUUUUUUAAGGACUUGGUAUAAUCAAGGCUGGUGUCACUUUUUUGGGGAAAAGCUACAUCUAAAAACAGAAUAAAUUGAGAUGUGCAUUUGAAUUUUUGGAACUGCAUAUCUAUUUUCCCCAUGUAUUAGAAAUUAUAGUGUUUAAUUGUUAAGUUCGUAACACUUCUUAAAUGAAACCUUAAUUAAAUGACUAAAGCAUUCCUCUUUUGGAUCUUCUUGCAAAGCAAUCGAAACUAAAUGUCUGUUUUGAAAUAGACAUUCAUGGUACAAUUAUUUUUGCUGGUUAAUAAUCAGACCAAAGAUUUAACUAAGUGUUGUUCAGCUGCUAUUGUUUAAGAAAGUGUUUAUAUGCUUAAAACGUUAGCUUGUUCGGAACAAAUGUUCAUAAACUCUUCUUCUAUUUAAUAUCCAAAUACAUGUGCACUUUUAUUGCCUCAGCAAAAAGUUGGAGUUUUUGUUACUCAUUUUUAAUAUUUCACUGUCUAUUAAUAAACAGCUGUUUUGAAA